AUGGCAACUGAAACACAACAACUCUCGCCAGAAAAGGCACUCGAACUAUACAAAAACACCCUCAACUUCAACGUCAUCUCCAGAUACGACCCUCGAAUCAAACAACUCCUCUACACCGCAUCUCAUUGUGUUCUCUACAAAUUCAACGCUGGAGAAUGGGAAAAGAAAGAAUUCCAAGGCACGCUAGCCCUAUACUUGAGACACUUUGUGAGUGAUGUUCCACAGAGACAGUUGGGUGAGGCAGAUUUGCAGGAUGUGUUCUGUUAUGGGUUGAUUCUUCUCAAUAGACUUUCUCCACAAAACUUUUCGAUAGGACUCCUACCUAACAGCGCCAGUCGUGUUUUUUAUCCACACGGAGUUAAUGGAAAUGGUGUGUUGCAGAUGGAUGUGGAGAUAAAUGCCAACUUGAUCAUUCUUAAGAACUUGGUUGGUGAUAUCUAUGGGUUGUGGGUCUUCGACGAGGAAGAGAGACAAAAGCUCUUCCAGUUGUUGAAGUUCUGUUUGAACGGUAAUCUGUAA